UCGCAUCUCCAUCGCCUCGCUUCGCCUCCUUCGGCUCCGUCGGUGGCGUUUUACUACUAUUACUUCGCCUGUCUCCAAAGUGAGUCGGCUGCGGCAUCGUCACCCCGGGGGACGUGAGCUUUGCUCACGGCUGGGAAAGCGACACUCCUCAGAUUGAAAACAUCCCUGUGAUCGCCUCCUCAACUUACCCAUCAGUGUCAAACCAGGUCAACAUCGCCACGGGCGUGUAAGAGGAGAGGGAGGUCAAACAUGGGCUCCAGCUCCUCCUCCUAUGCCCCCAAAGCCAUUUAUCUGGAUGUGGAUGGGAAAGUGCAGAAGGUGGUGUUCAGUAGACACUGCAGUCCUUGUGAUAUUAAGGAGCUUCUUUGUACCUCAUCCAACAUCCCCAGGAACACUGCAAUCAUGAUGGUGGAUCCAGAAGGCGCAUUGGUCUCGAUAGAUCCCACCAUGCCCACCAACUCUCCCAACUCUCUGUACAAAGUUGUCCCCCUGUCUACUGGCCAACUUGGAGAGAAGGAGGACAUGUUCCAGAAUGUGUUGUCCCAGGUGGCAGAGCAGUUCAGCAGAGCCUUUCGCAUCAAUGAGCUGAAGACUGAGGUCACCAACAGGCUUGCCAUGCUGGAGAAGAGAGUAGAGCUGGAGGGUCUGAAGGUGGUUGAGAUUGAGAAGUGUAAAAAUGAUCUGAGGAAGCUUCGGGAUGAGAUGACAUCGAGAGGCGGUGGCAGGGUAAACUGCCCAUGUAAAUACAAUUUUGACGACGGGAAGAAGGUCACUCCGAGACGAGACGUCCCCAACUACCCAAAAUAUACACUGUCACAGGAGACUGUUGAGGCACUAAAGAAGCCGACAUUUGAUGUCUGGCACUGGGAGCACAAUGAGAUGCUGAGCUGUUUGGAGUACAUGUAUCAUGACUUGGGGCUGGUGAAAGAAUUCAACAUGAACCCCAUCACACUCAAACGCUGGCUGUUGGCGAUCCAGGAGAACUACCGCAGCAACCCCUUUCACAACUUCCGCCACUGCUUUUGCGUUAGUCAGAUGAUGUACGGCAUGAUCCACCUCUGCAACCUGCAGGAGAAGCUGACUCUCACUGAUAUGGGCAUUCUAAUGACAGCUGCGGUGUGUCAUGACCUGGACCACCCUGGAUACAACAACACGUACCAAAUCAAUGCGCGGACAGAGUUGGCGGUGCGCUACAAUGACAUCUCGCCACUGGAGAACCAUCACUGCGCCGUGGCAUUCCAGAUCCUUUCCCUUCCUGAGUGCAACGUCUUUGCAAAUGUGGAUCCCGAGGCAUUUAAACAGAUUCGACAGGCCAUAAUCACCCUCAUCCUGGCCACUGACAUGGCCAGACAUGGCGAGAUACUGGACUCAUUCAAACAGAAGGUGGACAGCUUCGACUUCACCAACGAGGAACAUGUGACAUGUCUCAAGAUGGUACUGAUCAAAUGCUGCGAUAUUUCCAAUGAGGUGCGGCCCACCGAGGUGGCUGAGCCGUGGGUGGACUGCCUAUUGGAGGAGUACUUCAUGCAGAGUGACCGGGAGAAGUCGGAGGGCCUCCCGGUGGCCCCCUUCAUGGACCGAGACAAAGUUACCAAGCCCACUGCUCAGAUAGGCUUCAUCAAGUUUGUCCUCAUCCCCAUGUUUGAAACUGUCAUGAAGCUUUUCCCUCAGAUUGAGGAGAUCAUGGUUCAACCCUUGAGGGACUCCAGAGACCACUACGAAGAGCUGAAACAGAUUGACGAUGCCAUGACAGAGGCGCAGAAGAAAAAAACUGAAAAUAUGUCAUUAGGCGGGAAGAAGAAGUAAGCUCCACAGUGAGUGAGUGCAGUGGUAUCUGUGGGUCCUCUUUUGUGUUCAAAUUCAGCAAAGACUUUAAGAAGAGCGAGUCUGGGUGAAGUCGUUGCAGCGCUGCUUUCUGACGGUCAACAGAUGGAGCGACAGGAGAGAGCAAAGAGACGACACAGCUACAGCUACAUACUCAACUAAAGUUAGGCACCGAGGGGCAUCAAUGAUAUGUAAUGUCUAAUGUUAAAAAUGUACUGUAUAUACAGGUAUAAUACGGUAAAGUUUUGCUGCUCACUGAGAAUGAUGAUGGCCUCGCGCGAGCCACCAUAUUGAUAUCUGUAAACGGUCCAGAGUGUGGCUGACUGCGCUCGGAGUGCAUUUCUGACCGCACCCCAUAUCGUAUCUGUUGCUACCAUGUCCGUUUGACGAUUGGAUUUAGCUUGUUUACUAGAGAACAGAUUUGUUGAUGGUACCACCACUUCACAGAGCAAAUCUCCAAGUCAAAAAAAUCUCAAAGAAAAGGGCAAAUUACUCUGCUCCUUUUAAGAAAAAAGUGAUCACUGUUGCUGUCUGAAAGGAACCGUGAAGCAGCUCGGCAGUUCAACAUAAAGUUAUUGCGAGAUUAUGGAGGAAAUCCAAAGAAAAACUCCUACCUGGUAAGACUGUACUAUUUUCAACAGUACUAUCAUAGCAUAUAAUUGAGCAUUGAUUUGAAAACAAUCACUGUCUUUGUUCUUUGCUUAUGUGAGAACUCGAGUAGAAAUGCAAGGUGAGGAAGCGACACAAAUGUCAGCGCAUGCACACAAAGCAGAACAUUUCUUUGAAAAUCCUAAUGAAAUACGAGCAAUAGUGUUCUUCAUGUUUUAAGUACGGAUACCAGAAAAUCGAUGCUACGUAUUAUAUAUAGGUAGAAGUCAAUUACUGAUUUCAGGGGUCAAUUUUGGGGGUGCGUAUUAGAACUCGAGAGCGUAUUAUACACGUGAAAUUACGGUAUUCCCAUUCACAGAAUUCCCCAAUUUUCACAAUAAAAUAUCCUAAUUAAGAGAUUUUUACAAAUUGUUAGCCUAAGAGCAUACAGUAGUUUUUGUUUGGUUGGUUGGUUGGUUGUUUUUUUCUCGAAAGGUUUUAUUUAACAAUUUAGAACGGUAGUUGCCUAUCUCAUGGAGUAUUUUCGGAAAACAGGAAAAAAAAACUUAAUUCAACAAAUAAGAAUUCAACCUUUGUGUAUUAACCAUCACCUGGAUGGCUGAGAAUCUACAUGCCGCACUUAAAGAAAAACAAAUUUUUUAGCAAGCACAUUGGUAUUUGGUAUUGAUAUUUUGAUGGUGAGUUAAAAAUGACUUGGGCAAUUAUGCUAUUAGGCUACUGGUAGUGUAUUUACCUCCUCCUGUUACAUUUCUUAAUCGAUUCAAACCAUUACAAGUUAAUUCUCAGGGCAUUGAAUCGAUAUUCACAGGCAUAUUCCCAGUUCAAAUUAUUCAACUCAUUCAGGACAUCUUGGCAACUAUUAUCUUUCACAGAAUUCACAAUUUUUCACAAUAAAACUCUCAGCUUAAGAGAUUUUUACAUAUUUAUCUCCUUACACACACACACACACAGAAUUCUCCGUCAAUUCAAACAAUUCACCUUUCUAAUAUUCAGCUCAUUCAGAACUUCUUGGGAACUAUUCCCAUUCCCAAAAUUAUCAAAAUAAAAUUCCCUGAUUAACAAAUAUUUCACAAUAUUCUGCAACUUCUUCUACAUUUCUUGACAGUUUCACACCAGUUCAAUUUAUAAUAUUCAGUUCAUUCAGAACUUCUUGGAAACUAUUCCCAUUCCUCAAAAUAACAUUUUCUGAUUAACACAUAUUUGACAAUAUUCUAUUUUAGCUCCUUCAUUUACAUUUCUCCACUGAUUGAAAACAUUUUAGCUUUGAAUAUUCAGCUCAUUCAGAACAUCAUGGAAACUAUUCCCAUUCAUAGAACGUACAAAUUGUCGUAUCAAAAUUCCCAAUUUAAGAUAUUUUUACAUAUUUACCGCCGCUUACGUUUCUUGACUCAUUCAAACCAUUCCAACUUAUAAAUAUUUAACUCAUUUGGGACAUCUAAGCAACUAUUCCAAUUCCUAAAAUUCCCCCCAAAAAUCCCUGAGGAGGAGGGACUAAUGUAAAAUACCAGUUUAUGAGUGUUUUACAUACUCCCUCCUCCUUCCAUAUGUCUUGACUGAUUCAAAACAUUCAAGUGUCCAUCAUUCUACAUUUCAACAAAUUAAUUCCAAAUAAUUUCAGUUAAACUUCAGUUUUUCAGCAUUCACACGCAAUUUCUGCAGACACUGCAUUUUCUAGUCACACUCAAUAUAUGUAUGAAAAACAAUCCAAUAAAAAACAACUCAAAACGUUGCAUGUCAGGACCAUCAUUAACCGAGGAACCCCUGUAUUUGGAGGUGGAUUCAUGGACUCACCUAAAACAUUUUAGUCGACAUUGUGGGAUUUGCAUUCCAUAGGCAAGGCAUCUUUUAAAAAAUAUAUAUUUUUUGUCUCAAUUUUUUUAAUGCCUGACAACCGCUCACAAGAGGUUGAACAUCUUAGGAUGAUUUUCACUAGAUAACACAACAACAAAUAUUCAGCCUCUGUAACAAAUCCACAUUACCUAUCAUUAGAAAUGAGUGCCUUGAUGUUAUGUUUUCUCCACUUCUCAUUACUGUUGAUAAAGUACAGAAGCCAUCACAAAUACCCACAUAGUGAGGGUAUUUAAAUAUGUAUGUGUGCGUGUGUGUGUGUGCGCGUGUGUGUGUAUUACUUCUAAUUGCACAAAUAACCACAGUAUGUCCAGAUGUAUUUGGACAAUGACAGCGUUUUUAUGAUGUUGCCUUUUAUACACCUCCACAAUAGAUUUCAAAUCAAACAAUCAAGAUGUGUCAGCGUUUAGCUUGAGGAUAUUUUACAUUCAAAUAGCAUUAGCCAUUCACAGCCAUUUUUAAGCAGGAUACUUCCAUGUUCUUAGUGGUCAAAAGUAUUUGGGCAAAUAUAGCCAUCAAUAUAAUCGUGAUUUUCCUCCCUGGAGAUGCUUUCUUCACUGCAGCUUAAUUCACUUUCUGCCUUUUUGUGGGUCUUGCUGCCUUCAUUUUUGUCUUCUAAGUAAAAAGCAUGCUCUAUUGGGUUGAGAUCGUGUUCACUGAAGAAUAUUACAUAUACAGUAGAUUAUUUCAGAAAGUUUCAAUAUGUUUUUUGCACUGGUUGAUGACGGAAUACUUUCCUCGACAUAAAGAACAGCAACGUCAAAACAUCAACAGAAGUGAAGGUUAUUCUGGAGAAGGUGGUCAUAUCACUAUAAAAAGCCUCAAUCAAGAGGCAAUGCAAGACUAAUUUAUUCAUAGUGCAUUUCAUACACAAGGUAACUCAAUGGGCUUUACAUGAUUAAAAACAUUUAAAAACAAAAAGCUAAAUAAAUGUAAAAACAAUGUACAGAAAUAAAAGACAGCUUGCAAAAAUUACUAAAAGAACUUACAGUACAAGAAGAAGAUUUUUUUUUAAAAUACUUUUAAAUGCUUAUUUGAAAGCAUGAAGGAAAAAGAAUGAUUUUAAACCUGGACUUAAAAACACUCACACUUGGGGCCGACUUCUAUUUUGCUGGCAGCUUGUUCUAUUUGUAUGCAGCAUACCAGCUAAAUGCUGCUUCACCAUGUCUGGUUUGAACUCUGGGCGCCACUAUCUGACCUGAGUAUUGUCGAUCUCAGAGUCCUACUGGGUUUAUAUUCCGUUAGCAUAAAGAUGCCUCCAUGAAUGAAAAUAUUGUACAGUUGGUUUAAGCAUGGUGCAAAGUACUGCUGAAAAUACCGAAGAACAUGAAAAUCAGUUUGAACUAAACUUUUUUUUAGGACGGCAACUAAUGAUUAUUUUAAUAAUCGAUUAAUCUGUCCAUUAUUAUUUUUUAUUAUUUGGAUGAAAACAAUUUCCAUCCCUUAAUUCAAAAAGAGGACAUUAUUUCAAAUUGACAUUGUAGAAAAUUCACAACCAUAAACUGAUUAUGAUUCAAUUACUAGUUGGGUCUGUAACGUCAUAAAAUAUGCAAAAAUGUUGAUCAUUGAAAGUAGAUGUUGGCUAAUGUCUUAUUUAGAUUCAACUUAAAGAUAAUCGUUCUGCUUUCUUUGAGGUCUACAGAAAUAUGAGAAUAUUUACUGUUGAGAAGCUGAAAUUCAGAGGAUUAAGACCAUUUUAAGUUAAACAAGGUGGGUGAUGUAUUACAAAAUUAUGUCACUUUGUCCAAAAACUUUUGACUAUGAUGAUAGAAACAUCUUGGAAGUUCCAAGUCUACACUGCGAUCAAAUGUUAAUUGUUUUAUAUCAAAUCCAAUUGUGUUGAUGUGUCAAGGAAAAAUAUUACAAAACAAUUGCCAUUAUCCAAAUACUUCUGGUCCUCACUGUGUAUUAUCAAAUCUGCUAUCAAACAUGUCUUUAUAGCAAUAAAAUGACGACAUUAGUACCACUUUAUAACUGACGAAAAGCGUUCCAAGGACCAUCUUUAAUUAAAUUCCAGCUUUUUUCAAUCAUAUUGACAAAUCACUGGAAUGUUUUAGUUCCACUUGUGCACAGCACCUGAUUCUGAAUGAAACACAUAUUAUCGGCAAAUUUCAUACUAGAGGCCCAAUAAAUAGCAACUGAAUGGAACUCGUGAUCUAAUUGCUUAUUACCCAAGGGUGUGCUACUUAUUAUAUCACACCUCCCUCAGAGCAUGGUGGUGUUUCUGGCAGCUCCAAUUGUUUUUUAAACACAGUAUGACUCACUAAAGACAUUUAUGAUCAACUUCACUUCAGUAUGUAGCUUUAUUUGAUUGGUCUCACCCUAUAAUUGUUCCCAGUUAAAGCGACUGUAUCUCCAAUCUCAUAGAUGAUCUCAGAGCAAUAAAUGAAAAGCAUAUCCAUCACAUGAUAGCGGUUGAGAUGAGAUGAAAUGGGUAUUUUUAUUUGUAUAUGUGCCCUGUUUGUUUGGACAAAUGUACCGUUCCACAUUGUGUGAUACACCGAGUGUUAGCCUGCAGGAAUGUUCUGGUUAAGCUUAUCAUACCAAGCAUGGCCAGUGAAUGGAACACUGAUCACCUACCAAUAAAGUGAUUUUCAUUGAGUUGGGGCACAACUUUCCUCA